AUGGUGAGCGAUGAACCGAAACGGAGUCCAUCGGAGCAAAGGCAAUCAGACCCUGUUGAAACUGGCCAAACGUUGAGGUUUAAGCACAAGAAACGCUCUGAUUUGCACUUCAAAAACACCCACAUCCGCCAGUUCAAGAAGAAAACGCAGAGUCCAAUUUUGAUUUCUGUCCCCGCUAUUAGCCUUGAAGAAGAAGAAUUACCUGAAAAACAAGAGAAUCAUCAGAAGGAAAAAACAGAAAUUGUGGCUAAGGAAGAACGUAAAACAGAAGGAGAUGAAUUGAAGAAAGAUGAUUCUGGUGUUUCUUGCUCGAAUUCAGUCUUUCCUUGCAUGGAUAAGCUCAGAGAAGAGCUUUCUUGUGCAAUUUGUUUGGAGAUUUGCUUUGAACCUAGUACCACUUCUUGUGGACACAGGUAAACGAAAAGUUUAUUUGUCAUAUAUUUAUUCAUAUGACAAUAUUAUUUGUCACAAAUUAUAUGAUAAUAAAAGUAAUUUUGGAGCAUCACAAGACAAAAAUAAUA